AUGGAGUCAGGAUUGGGGGUCCCACAGGCAGAGACCCCCCCCAAACCCUCUGCCCUCAGUGUAACAUGGAGUCAGGAUUGGGGGGUUAAUCCCCUCUCUCCCCCUCCCUCCUUGUUACAAAGGUCAGACUGGUCACGCGCUCAAGUCUCGACCUCUAACUAGAAACGAGUUCUCGCUCCACGUCUCGCGAUAACGUCAGCACAGCCUCCCAGAACAUUCAGCGCUCUCUCUCUCUCCCCUCCCUGCUCCGCUUAUCCUAUUGGCCCAUCGGUUCCACCAAUCGCGUGGCGCUGUGAGCAGCCGCGGCCGGCCAAUCGGCGCGAGGCUUUGGGGGGCGGUGCCCGCCCACAGGUAGGGCCGGACUCUGGCGGAGGGUCUAGCUCACAGCGUCUCGGUGCUCAGACAGGCUGCAGACGGUUCCUGAGGUGAGUAUCCGGCGCGGGACUGCGGGGGGAGUGAUCUCAAACCUCCAAUUAACCGUCUAAUUAAUUAAUACAACAACUCACCCCCUCCUUUAUUAGUGUUAUUAUUAUUAACCCCUGCACUGCCAGCCCGCCGCCAUUUUAACCCUCUGCGUGCCGUCUGUGCGGUGACACACGGAGGGUUCCCCCGGCCUUCCCGCUCUCUCCCUGGCCUCCAUGCUCAAUGUAUGUGGGGUAAUCCCCAUCCAUAUUAAUAUUUGUGGGGUAAUCUCCCGGUUAAUAUUUGUGGUGUCUCUCCCCAUGUGUAUUUGUGGGGUGUCUCCCCAUAUUAUUGUUGUGGUGUCUCCCCGGUUAAUAUUUUGACGGGGUGAAAUCUCUCCCCAUGUGUAUUUGUGGUGUCUCUCCUCCCCGGUUAAUAUUUGUGGGGUCAAUCUCCCCAUGUGUAUUUGUGGUGUCUCCCCGUGUUAAUGUGUUGUGGUGUCUCCCCAUGUGUAUUUGUGGUGUCUCCCCGUGUUAAUGUUUGGCCGGGGUAAUCUCCCCUUGUGUAUUUGUGAGGGUAAUCUCUCCCGUGUUAAUAUUUGUGGGGUAUCUCCCAAAUGUUAUGUUGUGAGGGUAAUCUCCCAGUUAUAUUUGUGAGGUAAUCUCCCAGUUAAUAUUUGUGAGGGUAAUCUCUCCCCGAUGUGUGUUAAUAUUUGUGAGGUAAUCUCUCCCCAAAUGUUAAUAUUUGUGGGGUAAUCUCCCGGUUAAUAUUUGUGAGGGUAAUCUCUCUCCCCGUGUUAAUAUUUGUGGGGUAAUCUCCCCCGUGUGUUAUGUUGUGAGGUAAUCUCCCAGUUUAAUAUUUGUGGGGUAAUCCCCGUGUUAAUAUUUGUGAGGUAAUCUCUCCCCCUCGCUGUGUCCCCCCAGGUUCCCCGAUCGGAGGGUAUCUCCCGUUGGGUUGAAGGGUGUGGAAGUCCCCGGCUCGCUCGGCCCGUGCCCAGUCUCCUGGCCAGCUCUGCGCUGGGCCAUCCAUCCCGUGUCAGACGCUUCAUCCUGCCUCCUCCGUUCAUCGCACCCCUGGGCGAGCAGCGUUGUGUUUAUGUCUUUAUUGGACGAAAACGGUAAGUGAGUGUGUUUGUGGUCGGUAUGUUAUUCGGUGGGUGGGGGCUCGGUAGGUGGCUUGUUAUUUCCCGCGGGGACGCGGCGGGAUGUGGAGAGAAAAUGGCGGCCGCGCCUCGUGACUCUGACGCAUGUAAGGGCCGCGCGCUCCCUGACCCCCGGGAGCCUCCCUGCAGCGUGUCCGGGGCCCAACCUCACGGCUAGGGGGUCGGAUAUUGACAGUGGGGGGCGGGGGUGUCGGUUUUAUUGGGGUGUUUAUAAGGCUGGUGGUGGAGGGGGGGUUGGGCUCCAGGCCUGGUUGCUUAUUGCGCAUGCGCGGCUGCUUGGGCUGACUCAGUGCUGCAAUUCUGAGUCAUCAGGAGCCUGCUCACUGCUGCCUCUCUCCCCCCUCCUGAGUGUGUGCUCCAGGGUGAGUUACCCAGACCCCCCGGGGUUGCCCCUCCAAGCAGACACCUCUCCCUCCAGGGAAGCUGCUUAUUUACAUCUUAAUCCAGGAGGACACAAACACCAACUGAACUCACUUCACACCCUGUAA